AUUGGUUGUGUACUUGUACAGUUUGAAAACGUGGGGAUGAGAUAAAUGAAACACAUGUCCUGCCAUCUUCGACAUGCAACUGAUACGUGUUCAAAUUCCACCGCUCCAUGAGUCUCCUUCGCCCAACAAACAACAGUUUUAAGUCCCCAACUCUCACAGAGCUCAAAAUUUUGAACGAAAAACUCCUCCUGCAGCUGAAAAUUUAAGAGAGAGAUGGGAAGUAACGAGGAAUGGAGGAAAAAUGCAGAUACGCACAAAAUGAAGCCGGAGGAUGUAAAAGCAGCAGGAGUGGAAGCCUCCAAGAGGCCUCCAGGACACCACCCAGGCACGACCCUACACCAGCGCCGGAGUCUCCCCUACAGCAUCACCACCAUGACAAUCGCUGGCCUCUUCAUCGUCGGCGCCAUCGGAUAUAUCACCUUAUACACCAUGAAAAAGCCCGAAGCCUCUGCCAAAGACGUCGCCAAGGUCGCUACGAAUAUCGCAGAACCUGAAGACACCAAGCCCAGGAAGUAGGCUCCAUUGCUGGGAACUGUUUUCUUUUUUUUCCCUUUUCCCCCACUGUGCUGCCUUUAUUUAGAUUAUCCACCUCUUUCCUUCAUUUAAAACCUGAAUGCAAAAUAUGCAAGCGAAGGCAAUAGAGAGAUGCUUUUCAUUCUAUAAAAGAAUCUGA